GCGUUUUCCUUAGAAACGCUGCAGCGUCUCGGAGAGCUGCCUGGGCUACCGGACCAGAAGUGCGAGUCGUUUAGGGAAGCGAAUUCUAACUUUAAGAGGAAUCCUGGGCGAGUCGGGUCGCUGUCUAGUUCACAGAUCCUGGUGAGUCUGAGGAGAAGCAAGUGACUGAAGAGAGAGUUGGUUCUUGGGCCUGGAUCUUAGAAAAUGAUACACUUUCAGCUAACACAAUAGAUAAUUGUAGAGACUCAGGGCUGCUGGUGGACGACGAAAUGAUUGAAGGCAAAGGACCUAACUCUCAGAUGGAGAAAGGAGUCACUGACGCUGGAGGAUGUGGCUGUGGCGUUCACCGGGGAGGAGUGGCAGCUCCUGGGCCCUGCUCAGAGGGACCUGUACCGGGAUGUGAUGCUGGAGAACUACAGCAGCCUGGUGUCAGUGGGGUAUCAAGUCAGCAGAGCAGCUGUCCUGUCCAAGUUGAAACGAGGAGAGCCCUGGACGGCAGAUGAAUUGCAAGGUCAAAUCUGUUCAGAAAAUGGAAAAGUUGAUCAAAACCUGCAGGGUCACUUGAAAAAUCAAAGAAUCCUGAAGAGUCUAGAACCAUACCAAGAACAUAAUGAAAUUACAAACACUGUUCUUCAAAGUGAAAGUCAUUUUUCUUUCAGGAAACGUCAUGAAAUAUUUGACCUACAUAGUGAAACUUUGAAAUCAAAUUUAAACACAGUCAACACAAACAAAUACUAUGAAGUUAAAAACCCUACAAACCUUAAGGAAAAUAUGAAAUCAUUUCUAAAUGGUAGGCAUGAGGAACUGCAUUCUGCAGUUAAAGUCCCUAUAAGUGCAAAACCUGUUAGCAAGAAGUCUCAAAUCACUAAGCACCAAAUAACUCAUGAAAUAGAGAAAGCCCAUGUUUGCAGUGAAUGUGGGAAAGCCUUUUUCAAGAAUUCUCAACUCACUGAUCAUGAGAGAGUUCAUACAGGAGAGAAGCCUUAUGGAUGUAAUAUGUGUGAAAAGGUAUUCUCCAGGAAGUCCAGACUGAAUGAACAUCAGAGAAUUCAUAAAAGAGAGAAAUCCUUUAUAUGCAGUGAAUGUGAGAAAGUCUUCACCAUGGAAAGCCAUCUGAUUGAACAUCAGCGAAUUCAUACUGGAGAAAAACCCUACAUAUGUGAUGAAUGUGGAAAAGGCUUCCCAGGCAAGCGUAAUCUUAUUGUACAUCAGCAGAAUCAUACAGGGGAAAAGUCCUAUGUGUGUAAUGAGUGUGGAAAAGGCUUCACUGGUAAAAGCAUGCUUAUCAUACACCAGCGAACUCAUACAGGAGAGAAGCCCUAUACAUGCAGUGAAUGUGGGAAAAGCUUCACCACAAAGCACUAUGCCAUCAUACAUCAACGAAAUCAUGCAGGAGAGAAACCUUAUGUGUGCAAUGAAUGUGGGAAGGGCUUCACCAUGAAGAACCGUCUGAUGGAACACCAGCGAACACAUACAGGAGAGAAACCCUAUGUAUGUAAUGAAUGUGGAAAAGGAUUUCCCAGGAAGAGUAAUCUCAUUGUACAUCAGAAAACUCAUAUAGUAGAGAAGUCAUAUCUAUGUAAUGAAUGCGGAAAAGGUUUUACUGUGAAGAGCAUGCUUAUCAUACAUCAGCGAGCUCACACUGGAGAGAAACCAUAUACCUGCAGUGAAUGUGGGAAAGGCUUCCCUUUAAAGAGUCGGUUGAUUGUACAUCAGCGAACUCACACUGGAGAGAAGCCUUACAAAUGCAGUGAAUGUGGGAAAGGUUUCACUGUGAAUAGUGGACUGGCUCUACAUCAGAGAACACAUACUGGAGAGAAGCCCUAUAUAUGCAGUAAAUGUGGAAAAGGUUUUGCCUUUAAAAGCAAUCUUGUUGUACAUCAGCGAACUCAUACUGGAGAGAAACCCUUUGUGUGCAGUCAGUGUGGCAAAGGCUUCACCAUGAAACGCUACCUCAUUGUACAUCAACAAACUCAUAUAGUGGAGAAAUCCUAUAUAUGUGGUGAAUGUGGAAGAGGCUUUGCCCUGGAAACAGAGCUCAUAUUACAUAAGCAAGUUCAUACUGGAGAGAAACCAUAUGCAUGUGAUGAAUGUGGUAAAGGCUUUACUGUGAAAAGCCGCCUCAUAGUGCAUCAACGCUCCCACACAGGAGAGAAACCCUUUGUAUGCAGUGACUGUGGAAAAGGUUUUUCCUCAAAGAGAAAUCUCAUUGUACAUCAGCAAAAUCAUAGGCCCAAACCUCUAACGAUGCAAUGAACAGGGUCCUGCCUUCAGGAAGGAAAUUUAUUUGUGCAACAUCAGGUGUUUCACACAGAAUAGACUUCCUUUUAUGUACAGGGAGUGUAGGGAAAUCUUACCUGCACACCCUCGGCCUCCUUACCCUUCAAGUUGCUUACAUAGGCGACAAACUUAAUGUGAAAGCAAGGGAAAGCCUUCCAUGUGAAAUAAGCCUGGAUUAUUUGAUAGACCCAGUGUAUAUCAGCAAACUCAUACAAGGGAUUUUAUGGAUUCAGUUAUUGGAGGCAACUUGUCAAGAUGCAUUAAAAAAAUGACAGUGCAUCCAGGAGUAAUGUAUAAGGUACAUAAUUUGUUGCAGAGAAUGUGAAUUCAUUGCACACCAGCAAACUCAUGCCGGGGUAAAUGAGCACAUUAUUACGGUGCUUGUAGAAUACACGAACAGAGUUAGCACAGAGCAGUUGAUUGCUAGAUUUUUCAGUUUGGAGAGAAUUAGAACUUGCAUGUAAGUGAAAUUUAAUGAACACAAUGUACUCUCCUUGGUGAUUACUUCACAUUGUAUGUCACUGUAAAUGUGGACAAAUCUUAUGAUAUAUUCAAGACUAAAGAAUCUUGAAAUUUUCCUAAGCUUUUGUCUUGAAAGUAUAUUUGAAAUAAACUCUGAACAGGGAGACUACCUUAGUCUUCUAGGGAAAGAAAGACCAAGAAAUUACCAGUGAGCUCAUACACAGAGGUGACUUAAGACCAAAGGCCUUUGUCUAGAAAUAAAACCUUAAUAGUUACCAGGUAGUUCACACUGGGAGGAAAAAAAAAAUCCUGAUGGUAGGAUUUCAGUGAUGUAUCUUGCCUUACCACCUAUCAAUACAUAAACAAAUAACUUUGUAAUGAAUACAAUAAGGAGUAACUUUAGCAAAGUCAAAAUUCAUAAAGAAACCUAAAAGUGAUAGAGGGCUUUAUAUCACAAGUAAAAAAUUCACCAUAUACCUGAUGUCCAUUUUGUAACAGGAUGAUUUGAAUAUUUACUGCAUUGACUAAAGUGUUGUUUUCAUUUCUAAAAUGUAGAUUACAUUUUAGUGUUGUAUACAAUGCAGAAGUGAUCUGUGCCCAUCUUGUAUCAUGUAAUUAACUCUGCAUAUUUUAGGCUUGAAGCUUGUUUGCUGAUGUACUUUAAAAGAAACAGAUUUGUGGGGUGUGGUGGCUCAGGCCUUUAAUCCCAGUCCUCAGAGGCAGGCAGGCAGAUCUCUGUGACUUCAAGGCUAGUCUGGCCAGCUGGGGCUACAAGGAGACCCUGUCUCAAAAAGACCAAAGAAAAAAAGAAACAUUUAUAAAUUUAAAAUGCCAGUAAUAAUCCAUGUGUAUAAACUUAGUUUAAAAAAGAGAUGCUGAGAGAUGUCUGAGCAGUUAAGAGCACUUGCUGCUCUUGCAGAGGACCAGAGUUUGGUUCCCAGCACCCAUGUUGUGUGGCUCACAACUGCCUGUAACUCCAGCUCCUACAGAACUUGCACCUCUGGUCUCUGAGGGCACUUUAUUCAUGUGCACAUACCCACACAUAGGCAUACAUUCAUAUACAUAAUUAAAAAUGAAACCUUAAAAUUCUUAAGAUUUGCUUUGAAAUAACUUUAGGUUCGUAGGAGUGCACAAAAUACACAUUUUUUAGUGUCCUUCAUUGUGUCUUCCGUGAUUUUAACUAUAAUGCACAAUCGAAGUCAAUGAAAAUGACAUUUACAGUUUUAUUUUUCAGUGUCCAGGGAUAAAACUGUAAGCUCUGUGCAUGCUAAGUAUGUGCUGUACCUGAGCUACACCCACCCUGAACAUACAUAGAUUACAGGCUUCUUUUGGAUGUUACUAAUUUUUAUAUGCACUAAAUUGGUAUAUUUUCCUUUUGUGUGUAUGUAAAGGUCUAAUAAAUUUUAUAACAUAUUUGUAUAAAGACCAUGACCAUCAGAGUGCAGCGUUACUGUAGAAGGAAAGAUCACCAUUUUGGGUUCUUCGAGACCGGGUCUUCCUGUAGCCCAGCGGGCCUGGAACUCACAGCGAUCUCUCUACCUCCGCGUCCCUAAUUCUGGGAUUCAAGGGGGCGCAGCACACAU